AUGGCAUCACCUGCGUCGUCGCAAAAGAUACCACAACGAAAUAAUUUUUUUGGAUUCCAAUCCGAUGAUUCAAUCCACGUCGGGAAAGUAUCUCUUAGUGAAAGAAGCCAUGACAGAAGGAUUAUCAUUUUAUUAAGUAUUACUCCUAUCUGGACUUUACUGUUCACCGUAACCCCAGUUCUUAUAAAUUUUCAUGGCGUUGUCGCUGAUUUAUAUCGGAUAUUGGAACCUAUGGUUUCACUUCCUCUGCAUUACUUUAUCAUGAUCACUUCGGAAGUGUUUAUUGAUCCUACACAAGAGGGCCGAAAAUUUCUGUUUGGUUUAACGGAACGAUCGUUAUUAAACAUCUGGUUUUUGGUAGGCGCAGCGAUUUACGCACAAGGCUGCGGAAUGCAUUCGACGGCAAUCGCGAUUGUAAAUGAUUUAUUACCAAAUCAGGAAAUUGAUGAAGUCGCUAUUGGGUAUUACUCGUACGCGACGGGAUAUUUGAUAAUGACUUGGGCACAAUUAUUUGCGUAUCGUAGACAAAAACAUGAUGGAUUGGAUUCACUUAAGGGAAUCAUCUGGUGGAUAUUAGGAGGGAUUUUAUUUGGGAUUUUAUAUGCGUCGGUCGCAAUCGAAUUCCCUCGUGGACCUUUGUUAGUAAUAAUUUACGUACUUGUAAUUGGAAUUCCCCUCUCAAUUUUCUUGUUCAAUUCCAAGGUUAUGUUUUCCAAGGGAAGAAGAUUAGUGUUACAAUCUUACUUAAUAGGUUAUGCUACAACCCUUGUGAUUGUUUUAAUUUGGGUUGCCGCUGUAGGUGGAUUUAAAGAUAGAAAGUCCGUCGGACUAUUUGUUAAAGGAGGCAGCAAUUCUACUACCACGAAUUAA